AUGGAGAAGAAGAAGAAGCAGCAGGAGCAGAAGAGAAUGGAAGCAAAGAAGAAACAAAAGAGAACACUGGAAGGAGUACCAGAAGAGCUAAUCAUGGCCAUAAUCACUAGACUUCCACCAAACUCUCUUGUUCGUUUUAAGUGCGUUUCAAAACCUUGGAACACUUUAAUUUCAAGCCCUAGUUUCAUCAAGUUGCACCUCAACCAAGCUAUAUCUUCCAUUCGUAGCCAGCGACUUAUGGUCUCAUCAUCUUUAAAUUCUAUUCAAUCAAUCGAUUAUGAAGCAUCCGAGGUAAGUGCCAUUAAUCAGAUAGAUAUUAUUGCAGUAGCAAACUCAGAUCGUUUCAAGAUUGUAGGCUCAUGUAAUGGCUUGAUAUGUGUAGCUGAUGAGGAAAAUUCAUACCAUUCUUUUAUUCUCUGGAAUCCAUGCAUUAGAGAAUUCAAGAAACUACCCCUCCGUUUUCCUUUGGCUGAAAAUUUAAAGGUUUCAAUCGGAUUCGGCUAUGAUCAAUCCGCUAAUGAUUACAAGGUUGUACGGUGUACUUUCGAUGAAACUUUGGGAAGUCAUCUGGUUUUUGAGAUCCAUUCAAUGAAAAGCAAUACUCAGAAAGUUAUCCGUCGAUAUUUUUCUGAUCCUCGAAUAACCUUUUCCGAUCACAAUUCAAAGAAAGUGGUUUUUGUUGAUGGAGUCCUAUAUUUGAAAGCAAAUUCUUGUAGUUUUCGACGCGAUAACUUGGAAUACGAUGAUGCUGUUUUGGGGUUGGAUCUAAAAGAUGAGAAAUUGGAGAUUGUGCAACUACCAGAUGAUCAUGUAAACUUUGAUGAGGACCCUGAACUUGAGUUGGGGAUAUUUAGAGGAUGCCUUGGAGCGAUUCAAUGUUAUUUUGGGACUAUGAUUCACAUAUGGGCAUUGAAGAAUGAUGGCAUGAAACAAAGUUGGAUAAAGCUCAUGCGUAUUAUGGAACUGCAAUCUGUGCCAGAUUCGAAAGAUUUGAUACCUGUAUGCUUUAUGAGGAAUGGUGAAGUCCUGAUGACUUGUACCAAAAAGGAGGAAUCAGCAUCAAAAUCUGUAUUUAGAAAACUUAAAGUUCAUGGUUUAAGGCCUUGGUUCCAUGAAAUAACAUACACUCAGACUCUGGUCUCACCUAAAUUGCUAUGA